CACUCACCACUCUCGCUAACACACACAUACAUACCCACACUUCUUUAACAAACUCUCCAUCACCGUAACCGUUUCGCAACCACCGCAACAAUGUCACGCCGUGGAGGAAGACAACAACCCGAUCCCCGCCGUGAUCAACCGUUUCCGACGCCGUCCCCUCAUCCAGAUGCAGGCAGAGGCCGCGGCCGUGGCCGUGCACGGGCGCCACCUUCUCAACAACCGCCAUCAUCGUCCUCUCAUUCUCCCGCUCCUGUCAUCGGCGCUCCGAUUUCUCCAGCGCCUGUUGUUUCCGCGCCGAUUUCCGCGCCAUCGCCCCCGCCGCCUUCUCCGGUUCCGGUCGACGCUCUGAGUUCCGAGGUCGAGCAGAAACUCGCAUUGCGACCGGCAGCGCCGUCGUCGACGAAGGCUAUUAGGUUCCCGGACCGGCCAGGGUUCGGUCGAUUAGGGAAGAAGAUACAAGUCCGAGCGAAUCACUUUCAGUUGCAAGUCGCUGAACGCGAUCUUCACCAUUACGAUGUUGCUAUCACUCCUGAGAUUACUUCGAAGAAGGUGACCAGAGAGGUGGUGAGUCAGUUGAUAAAGAUGUACAAGGAGUCGGUGUUGGGGAAUCGCUUACCGGUUUUUGAUGGACGGAAGAAUCUCUUCACGGCGGGUCCGUUGCCGUUUUCAUCGAAGGAAUUUGUGGUGAAGUUGGAAGAUGAUAGGCCGAAAGCCUCGUCCUCUUCUGGUUCUAAAAAAGAGAAACGGGAGCGGCAAUUUAAGGUCACUAUACGGUUUGCUGCGAAGGUUGACCUUCACCAUCUUUUUCAGUUUCUCGGCCGUCAACAGUUAGACUGUCCUCAGAACACCAUUCAAGCACUCGAUGUCGCUUUGCGGGCAACCGCAUCUGAGAAGUAUAAUGUUGUGGGGAGGUCAUUUUUCUCGCCUGAGUUGGGGCAAACCGGUCCCCUUGGUAGCGGUACGGAGUACUGGAGAGGAUACUAUCAGAGCCUCCGACCGACUCAGAUGGGGCUUUCUCUAAAUAUUGAUGUGUCUGCUAGGGCUUUCUUCGAACCCAUUCCUGUGACAGAGUUUGUGCCUAAACAUUUUAGGAAUAUUAAUUUUUCAAGGGAUCAAGAUCGUGUCAAGGUGAAGAAAGCUUUGAGAGGCAUCAGGGUGGAUGUUUUUCUUGGGGAAUGCAAGAGAAGUUAUAAAAUUUCUGGGGUUUCUAGAGAACCAGUAAAAGAUUUAAUGUUUACCCUAGAUGAUCAGAAGACUAAGAAAUCUGUUGCUCAAUACUUCACUGAGAAAUAUAAAGUGACGUUGAAGCAUGCAAAUCUUCCUGCUCUUCAAGCUGGCAGUGACACUAAACCUAUCUAUUUGCCCAUGGAGGUUUGCGUAAUUGCUGCGGGGCAAAGAUAUACAAAAAGGCUUAAUGAGGAGCAAGUUACUGCUCUUUUAAGGGCAACUUGUCAGCGUCCCCAAGAUAGGGAGAAUUAUAUUAAACAAAUUGUCAAGCAACACAAUUUCAACAAUGACAAGUUUGUCCGUGAGUUUGGUAUCAGUGUAAAAGAGGAUCCUACCUUGCUUAAUGCUCGUGUUUUACCUCCUCCAAGGCUUAAAUAUCAUGAAUCAGGCAAAGAACCAAGAGUUGAUCCGUGGAUGGGUCAAUGGAAUAUGAUUAAUAAGAAAAUGGUUGAUGGUGGGAAGGUGGAACAUUGGAGCUGUCUCAAUUUUUCAUCAAGAUUGAGGCCAGAUUUGCCAUCCAUAUUCUGUGAUGAAUUGCGUAGUAUGUGCACAAGCAAGGGGAUGGUUUUCAACCCUCAGCCUUUGGUUCCAAUAAAAACAGUUAACCCUUUGCAAAUAGAGUCAGCACUGCAGAAUCUUCACAAGCAGUCUAUAACAAACCUGGCAAAUAUGAAGCAGCAGGGUAGAUUACAGUUGCUGAUUAUAAUUUUACCUGAUGUCAAGGGGUCCUAUGGGAAAAUUAAGAAAAUAUGUGAAACGGAGUUAGGAAUUGUGUCUCAGUGUUGCCAGCCAAGGCAAGUUCAGAAGCUGAACAAGCAAUAUCUUGAGAACUUGGCGCUCAAGAUAAAUGUUAAGGUUGGUGGGCGAAACACAGUUUUAAGUGAUGCAUUUGAUAGAAGAAUCCCUCAUGUGAGUGAUAAACAUACAAUUAUUUUUGGUGCGGAUGUAACACAUCCACAACCAGGGGAAGACUCAAGUCCUUCUAUAGCUGCAGUUGUGGCUUCCAUGGACUGGCCUUGGGUGACAAAGUACAAAGGCACUGUUUCUGCCCAGGCUCACCGAGAAGAGAUUAUUCAGGAUCUCUUUACAACAUUUGAAGAUCCUAAGAGGGGACUUGUGCAGGGUGGGAUUAUUAGGGAGCUGAUUCGUUCUUUUUACAUAGCAAAUGGUAAACGCAAGCCUGAAAGGAUUAUAUUUUACAGAGAUGGUGUCAGUGAAGGUCAAUUUAGUCAGGUUUUGUUGUAUGAGAUGGAUGCAAUAAGAAAGGCUUGUAUGUCACUAGAGGAUGGGUACUUGCCUCGUGUUACUUUUGUGGUUGUCCAGAAAAGACAUCACACCCGUCUUUUCCCUGCUGAUCACAGGAGUCGUGAUCAGAUGGAUAAGAGUGGAAAUAUAAUGCCAGGAACUGUUGUUGACACUUCGAUUUGCCACCCAAGGGAGUUUGAUUUUUAUCUCAACAGUCAUGCUGGAAUUCAAGGAACUAGCAGACCUACCCAUUAUCAUGUUCUGUAUGAUGAGAAUAACUUUACAGCUGAUGAGCUACAGGGGCUGACAAAUAAUUUAUGCUACACGUAUGCAAGGUGCACUCGAUCAGUUUCAAUAGUUCCUCCGGCAUAUUAUGCACACUUAGCUGCUUUUCGAGCUCGCAGCUAUAUCGAAGGCGAAUCGGAAAUGGGUUCUGCUAGUGCGGGUGCUGGUGGUGCAACCAGGAGCAAUGUUGAGAUAAAAUUGCCUGCAAUCAAGGAUAAUGUGAAAGAUGUUAUGUUCUACUGCUGAAGUUGGACAUAACAUUAAGUAAUUAGGAAUUAUAGAAUAGCUGCCUAUUGAACAUAUUUACCAACCGAAAUUUUCUCUCUUCGACAUGGCAGUUUUUUUGUUUGGUUGGGUGUUCAUUAUUAUGCUAGCAGCUACUAUAUAUGGCUUUAAUUUAAGUUGACGAUGUAGAGAGACGAAUUUUGCAAAUGUUAAAGGUGAAUUUGCUCCUGCUUAAAUCAGAUAUAAUGAUAUAUUGACUUUCGGAA